UUCUAUGGGCUGUCGCUGUUAUGUGCGGCCGUGAACGAUUGUCCCGGAGCGAAAGUAUUUGAAUGAAAAUGAAUAUUUAUUGUGAUUAAUCUAUAAAUAGUUCUCCAAAUGUAUUAUGAAUGAGGAUAAUAGUUUCAUAACAAAAGUGAUUGAAAAAUUAGUUGUAAAUACCCAAGUCUUUCGUAUUAAAACAAAAUAAUAUGUAGUGUUUAUAAUAUAACUAAACAGAAAAUGGCGGCAGAGGCUAGUUCGAUUGUGUUCUUUGUGUAGACAGUAUUAAUGGAAAUUAGUUAAAAUAUAUUAUUGGUGAAAAUGCCUAGUGCUUCGUUCACCUCUUCGCGAUCUUACGUCCGUAGGUCAAGAAGAAAAGGUGGCAAUCGAAUCCCAUUGCCAUCUAGGACAUCAGCCGAACCAAACGAGCCUUUGCCACAGAACAUUCCGGCCCCAGGAGUCCCGUCCAGUUCUGGUGCUGGAGGAGCAGGUCCAGCCAGUGCCAGUGGAGUGCCCGGAAGUUCUGGUCUCAGUAAUGCCGGACUAGAUAAUCCAGUGGUUUUUGUUCCCAAUAAUUCCUUAUCCGGAGAUGGCGCUCCUUCAACGUCCGCCGCGUCUGCCUCUGGUGGAAGUGCGAGCAGUGGUGGCGGAGCUGGUGGAAAUUUAGGAUGUACGGGAUCAACGUCAUCCGCCUCUACUGCUGGAAAUGCUAAUGGACCAGCCAAUUCACAUUGCGGGCCUCCAGCGGGUGCCGCAGUAGUACAUCACAGUCCGUACGACUUACGUAGAAAGAGUCCUUCUUCUAAUCAUGAUUGGGGGGCUUCCACUAGUGCUGCUUCUACAGCUCCUUCCACAGUGACGUGCGCAGCAGGAAGUAGUAGCAGUCUUGCUGGACCUAGUGGCUCUACAGGCAGCAGCUCAUCGACUUCAAAUGGUGGAGGGUAUAUGUUACCAGCCAGAAAGAGACCGAGGAGGACAUGUUCAACUUCAGCGGAUAACUCUCCAAAUUCUGCUUCCCACUAUUUGCAAUAUGAACUUCCUGACGAAGUUCUGUUAACAAUAUUAUCAUAUUUAUUAGAACAAGAUCUUUGUCAUUUAGCUCAAGUUUGCAAAAGGUUUCAAGUUAUUGCAAAUGAUACUGAAUUGUGGAAAAGAAUAUACCAAAAUGUCUAUGAGUACGACCUACCACUUUUCAAUCCUGGCCAAUGCAGGUUUGAAUUUGCUUCACCAGAUGAUUGUGAAUAUGAAAAUCCUUGGAAAGAAUCUUUUCGGCAAUUAUACAGAGGAAUUCAUGUUAGGCCUGGAUAUCAGGAUAAAAAAUACUGUGGGAGGAAUAUUAAAUACUUUAAUACUUUACAAGGCGCUUUAGUUUAUGCUGAUGAACGAAAUUGUGCUUCAAGUCCAACAACUGGUUCAAAUACUAGUUAUUCAAUGAGCGGUAAUGGUGUUGGUGCUCAAGAAAAUCAAUGUUCUUUAGUGUUUCUGCAUGCUGGUACAUACAGAGGAGAAUUUCUUGUCAUUGAUUCUGACAUUGCUCUGAUAGGAGCCGCACCUGGAAAUGUUGCAGAGUCAGUUAUUUUAGAACGAGAAUCUGAAUCAACUGUGAUGUUUGUUGAAGGCGCAAAGCAAGCUUAUGCUGGUCAUUUAACAUUAAAGUUUAGCCCAGACCUAACAUCCACGGCUCCACAUCAUAAGCAUUACUGUUUAGAAGUUGGUGAAAAUUGCAGCCCUACAGUUGAUCACUGUAUAAUUAGGAGUACCAGUGUUGUAGGAGCAGCAGUAUGUGUAUCAGGCAUGGGUGCUAACCCAUCAAUCAAACACUGUGAUAUAAGUGAUUGUGAGAAUGUUGGAUUGUAUGUAACAGAUUAUGCACAAGGAACUUAUGAGGACAAUGAGAUUAGUAGAAAUGCUCUAGCGGGUAUUUGGGUAAAAAACUAUGCAAAUCCUAUAAUGCGACGGAACCAUAUACACCAUGGAAGAGAUGUUGGGAUUUUCACAUUUGAUAAUGGAAUGGGUUAUUUUGAAUCAAAUGAUAUCCAUAACAAUCGUAUAGCAGGCUUUGAAGUCAAAGCUGGUGCAAAUCCUACAGUUGUACAAUGUGAAAUUCAUCAUGGUCAAACUGGAGGAAUAUAUGUUCAUGAAAAUGGUUUAGGUCAAUUUAUAGAAAACAAAAUUCAUUCAAAUAAUUUCGCAGGGGUAUGGAUAACAUCAAAUAGUAAUCCUACAAUACGAAGAAAUGAAAUUUACAAUGGCCAUCAAGGCGGGGUGUAUAUAUUCGGGGAAGGUCGUGGCUUGAUUGAGCACAAUAAUAUUUAUGGCAAUGCUUUAGCUGGCAUUCAAAUCCGUACUAAUAGUGAUCCAAUAGUUAGACAUAAUAAAAUACACCAUGGACAACAUGGUGGCAUAUAUGUGCAUGAGAAGGGUCAAGGAUUAAUAGAGGAAAAUGAGGUGUAUGCAAAUACUUUGGCUGGUGUGUGGAUUACAACAGGCAGUAUGCCAGUUUUAAGGAGAAACCGAAUUCAUUCUGGAAAACAAGUUGGAGUUUAUUUCUAUGAUAACGGACAUGGUAAACUUGAGGAUAAUGAUAUUUUCAACCAUCUUUACUCUGGUGUCCAGAUCAGAACGGGAAGUAACCCAGUCAUUAAAGGAAAUAAAAUAUGGGGUGGACAGAAUGGAGGAGUACUUGUUUAUAAUGGAGGCCUUGGAUUGUUGGAACAAAAUGAAAUUUUUGAUAAUGCAAUGGCAGGAGUUUGGAUAAAAACAGAUUCAAAUCCAACAUUAAAAAGAAACAAGAUUUUUGAUGGAAGAGAUGGUGGCAUUUGUAUAUUCAAUGGAGGAAAAGGUAUAUUGGAAGAAAAUGAUAUAUUUCGAAAUGCUCAAGCUGGAGUGUUAAUAUCAACUCAAAGUCAUCCACUGCUAAGGCGGAAUCGGAUUUUUGAUGGUCUUGCUGCAGGUGUUGAAAUAACAAACAAUGCUACUGCGACACUAGAAUUUAAUCAAAUAUUUAACAAUAGAUUUGGAGGCCUUUGUUUGGCGAGUGGGGUGCAACCAAUAAUUAGAGGCAAUAAAAUCUUCAACAAUCAAGAUGCUGUUGAAAAAGCUGUUUCGAACAGUCAAUGUUUAUACAAAAUCUCUUCAUAUACUAGCUUUCCUAUGCAUGAUUUCUACCGAUGCCAAACUUGUAACACGACGGACAGAAAUGCAAUCUGUGUCAAUUGCAUCAAGACAUGUCAUGCUGGUCAUGAUGUGGAGUUUAUUAGACAUGACAG